GGGCGCUCAAAGACCACUCGCGACUUUAGCUGGAACGGAAGCAUGCUGUCCUCGACGAUCAAGAACUCGGUGCGCAAGGCCGCGGUGGCCCCCACCCUGACGCGCGGCCUGGCCUCGGCCGCCUCGUCCACGAAGGAGGUGGAGGAGAUCGGCGGCUUCGGCCAGAUGACGCAGCCCAAGCUGCAGCUCUUCGGCCUGCACGCCCGCUACGCCAACGCCCUGUACAGUGUGGCCGCCAAGCAGAACCAGCUCGAGUCUGUGGAGAAGGAGCUGCUCACCAUCGAGGAGACCAUCGCCAAGGAGCCCAACUUCGCCUCGUUCCUGCACGACCCCACGAUCGCCCGUGCCUCCAAGAAGGAGGACAUCGCCAAGGUCAUGGAGAAGGCCAAGUUCUCCAAGCCCGUGGCUGGCCUGUUCGAGGUGCUCGCUGAGAACGGCCGUCUGCCGGACGCCGCUGGCGUCAUUGGCGCCUACAAGAAGCUCAUGGGCGCCUACCGUGGCGAGGUGCAGGCCAAGGUCACGUCGGCUGACCCGCUGACCAAGGCCCAGCUGGACCAGGUCAAGAAGGCCCUCGGUGCCCGCGUGGAGAAGAACGAGAAGCUGCUGCUGGAGACGGUCGUGGACCCGGAGAUCCUGGGCGGCCUCAAGGUGCAGAUCGGCAACUACUUCAUUGACCUGUCGCUCGCCACCAAGAUCGACAAGAUCAACACAUUGCUCGCCAACUCGAGCCAGCAGUAAGUCAGUCUUCUGACGACAGGCGGGGGUCACGAGUGAACGUGGCGUAGCUAGCGGGAUGGUUGACCCGAGAGGGAGUUCCUCCAUUGCCCAUGUGUCUGUAGCAACGGGGUUGCGCUCGUGUUCGCGGCGAGUGGCGGAGCUAGCACGGAAGCCGACGACUAAAUGAAGAACUUACAACCGAAAUGAAUGAGCUCGUGUUCGUCAUCUG